AGGGAUUUUUUAGGCCUUUGCCUGCCAUAAUAACAAAAACAAUUGGUCUAGUUUCUCUCGUGAACGAGCCAUUUCGGAGGCCCACUGUUACGAUCUUGUUUAGCUUACAGUCACUGUCAGUUUCGUAUGCCCAUGAAGAUGGCGAGCCCAGUAAUCCGCCUAAUCAACCCAGAUGCCCCUCCAGAUCAUCAACAGGCCGCAUUGGUGGCAACAAAAGAGGCCCGUUACUAUCGGGAGAAAAGGAGGCUCUUUCCCAAACCUCCACAGGAGCUGCGGAACCAGGCUACUGGCUUGGCUCAUGCAGAGAAGCUCCUUCGAGCGGAGGGUAUCCACACGCCUUCACGUCAGCUGUGCCUGGGAAAGCUGGUGAUACCAUUUGGCCAGUAUGAAAACGUCUCAUGUCACUGGCUUGUGGAAAACAAUGUGGGCUACUUGAAGUACAACUGCAGGCAAGCACCUCCAAGUGUGAUCCUUCACCAUGGCCAGGGGACGACCGUGAACUGUUAGCUGCAAGCCAGGCUGUGGAAGACACAAUCAAACAGCCCGAGCCCCCUGUCCGGCCCAAACAGCCCGAGCCCCCUGUCCGGCCCAAACAGCCCGAGCCCCCUGUCCGGCCCAAACAGCCCGAGCCCCCUGGCCAACUCACAGAGUCCCCGUCCACAGCACAGGAUCAUGAGGGUCAGCCUUUUCCCACGGAAUCACCUCUGAGUGACUCCCCUGUGGAGCUAGAGGGUUGGGUGCGUCUGUGGGAAAACCCCAAUGGCAUCCCAUCUGCGGACAUUUCCUGGCUCAAAAACCACAAUGAAAGAGGGCUGUUCACCCCCGUUCAAAUCUACAAGGACAACACUGGUGUGUUCAGGCGACGACAGGUGAUGAAAUCGGACUGCAUGUGGUUUUACCCAGAAGGACCUCCCGGCCAUGUCAGGGGUGCCCCGCCAACUCCACAGCUGUUUUUUCGUAGCCGUGUCUGUGUGGCGUCCUGUUGGAGUGUGGAGGUACUCCCUGAAGUGACCUUGAGGUGAUGAGUGUCUGGGUAGAGGACAGAACGUGCACCUCUCCAAGUCUGUCUGCCAACACCAGGUACGUUACAUCUGUGAUGUGUCGACCUGGUACAUGGUGCCCACUGAGGUAACCAGAAGCAGAGAAGGUGGCACAUUGGGUCGGUGGCUUCCGUGGGAUCCCGCUAUUUUGUCCCAGCUUAGCGAGGCUCACCAAGCUAUGUUCCCUGCCAUCCCCACCAGGAAGUGGUGAAGCAGCUGUCUGGGGAGGGUGGAGGCUCAGCUGAGUGGUUCACAAGCGUCAGAAACAAGCACUGUGAAAUAGGUUCAUUUGUGCUGACCUGUGAGGAGUCCACAGAGAAGCUGAAACCAAUGUGCCGUGGGGUCAUGGAGAGGUCCCGGCUGGCCAAUCAACCAGUCCCCAAAAUCAUGUAUGUGGACCGUGUGUUGCCGUGUGCAGGGCCCAACAGCAGUGGGGAUUUGGUUCCAGCCUUGGGUGGACAAUGGGAUGGUUGUGCAUCUGGACAUCUUUCCCUGGAUCCACAGGUUAAACUGAUGUCCCUUCCAACGAGGGUUAGGGU